GCGGGCGGCUCCUCAUCCUUUAUUUCACAAUGCAGAUUUUUGUGAAGACCCUGACUGGUAAGACCAUUACCCUUGAAGUGGAGCCAAGUGACACCAUAGAGAAUGUCAAGGCUAAAAUACAGGACAAAGAAGGAAUUCCUCCUGAUCAGCAGCGCCUGAUCUUUGCUGGGAAGCAGCUGGAAGAAGGGCGCACCCUGUCUGAUUACAACAUCCAGAAAGAAUCUACCCUGCACCUUGUCUUGCGACUGCGUGGUGGACUUUGAAAAUCUUGUUGUGUAUUUUGUCUUUGCAUGAUUCACUGUAUGCAUCUUACUUUUGCAAUAAGUAAACUGGACUUAAUACCUGAAGCAUUGUAGAUAAUAAAGUUUUUGGCAAUAACUGA